GAUCCGUUGGUAGAAAAUUUCUUUAAAAUCACCAAAUAUUUCUCAAACAAAACCUAACCAACCCAAUCCCACUCUUAAUCUUCUGUUCGGAUAACAGAUCGACCGAUAAGACUAAUCAAUCACUCUGUUCGGAUAACAGAUCGACCGAUAAGACUAAUCAAUCACUCUUAUUCAGUGAUGUAAGCUAACAAUCAACACCCUCCUCCCUCCUCUUUCAAGGAUUCAAGAAGAUGAUGAAGAUGAAGAUGUUUGUAGGAUAUGUACAAAUCCAGGUGAUUCUGAAAACCCUCUAAGAUACCCAUGUGCUUGUAGUGGAAGUAUUAAAUUUGUACAUCAAGAUUGUCUUCUUCGGUGGCUUAAGUACAGCAAUGCUCGUCGGUGUGAGGUCUGCAGAUAUCCCUUCUCUUUCUCUCCUGUUUUCGCUGUCAGAGAAGAUGAAGAUCCUGUUCCUUUUGACGACCUUGUCGGCAUGCAAUUAGGACCCGUUGUUCAUAUUGUUAAAUUUGCUUUCGCUGUCCUAGCAAGCAAUGUGAACAUCCUCGGUGCAGUGAUCAUUCUACCCUUUUCAAUAGGACGCAUCAUUCUCCAUUUCAUGUGUCGGUGUUCCGCUGCCACUACUGCAGCUCCCAUGUUUUGGAUGUUCUCCAUAGCUGGUUUGUCUGUUUUCGCAAGUUCAUCUUCUCAAACAGGAGGUGAGGAUGGUAUGCGUUCUCAAUGCUGUGUUGGAAAACCACUAGUAGAUUCUAGUUCACGGCCAUCUGAUGCUAUUGUUCUUGCAACUGGAUACAUGUUUCUUGUUUCUAUGGUGUUUUUCUAUCUUGGUAUCGUUGCUAUGUUAAGCUACGUUAAAGGGCAGGCUGUGAUCACGGGGAAACUUUACGGCAUCAAUUAUAUAGCAAAUACCAUUACAUCCCUUGUCAGACAGUAUGUGAAGACAAUGAUGUACUUCGUCAUGAGCAUGGUUAGGGUUGCAUUCCUUCUUGUCGUUGAGCUUGGGGGUUUUCCUUUGAUAUGCGGGUGGUGGCUGGAUGCUUGCACUUUUAGGAUGCUUGGGAAGACAUUGUCGCUUUUGGCGGAGUUCUCUUCAUUGACGAGCUCCUUGAUACAUUGGAUUGUAGGAAUUAUUUACUUGCUACAGAUCGGUGUUUACGCUUUUGGAAUAUGCGACGCAGGGGCACAAAAAUUAGUGACACUGAAGUGCAUUCACUUGUUUGUAAAUUAUUGAUGCUUUGAUUGAUGAACAGUGUUGAAUCAAGAUGUACGUACCCUACAUAUUUAGCAUAACUGCUCUGUCUUUCCAGGUCCA